AUUGACUCAGUGACCACACUAACAAGGUAGUUUUCCAUGGAAAAAAGAAUGAGACUUGACUUUAUCAUCUAUGCUGUCCUCUGAAUCUUGCUGAAAUUCAACCAUCUGACUUCGCUCAGUAAGCUUUACCAUCGGCCUUUUUUGCUUUCCUUUUCACUUCUGAGUUGUUUUUUUGAUCCCGUCGUAUAUCUAGUUGCUUUGCCAUUCAGUUCUCACCAGUAAGAUGGCUUCCUCCAUCAUUGCUUAUCUUAAUUCAAUCUUGGAAGAUGUAGAGUUGCUGGUGAACGAAACUUAUAAACCCGGUACAAAGUUGAAAUUUAAGACACUGAUAUUUAGGCUGAAGAACCUCAAAACCUUUGUUCUUUGUGCUAUUAAGUUGAGCAACCAGCCUAGUCGAGAAUCCCUCGUGGUUAGGACUAAACAUAUUGUUGGAAGAAACACUAGUAUGAUUGACGCCCUUAGUCUUCUUUCAAGCUCUGAAUGUCCUUUUGGGUCUGAUGAAGAGGUCGAAAAUUUUGUGCACAGCAUCGAACCCAACAUCCAAUCCUUGGAGGAAGAAAUAAAUGGUUGGUACAAGACUUUGUCAGCUCAUUCGCAGCAGUCAAAUUCUCUAAUGACUGACGAAAUUGAAAUCAUUGAUUCCGUAUUGGAAAAUAUUGAGGAUUUUCUCAGUUUUGGAUCCAGAUUUUUAGGCACCCAUGUUCUGGUGAAAGCAAUGGAAGCUUCGCGGGAACAGAUGGGAUUCAUGAAAAAUUUCAUCCGCUUCGUCGCACUGAGAGGGUUCGAGCAUCACAGACCAACGGAGAACUUGUUGAUUCACUUUGCAGGUGUUGCUCUGGAUGCAGCACAUCUCCGUCGGUGUGACGAACUUGACGAGGAAUGGUGGAAAGGAUUGCAGUUUAGGAUUUUAUUGCUGCUGCAAAAGAUCAAACCUGAUUCACCUGAAAUCUACAGACAACAUGCUCCAACUCUAGACAUGGAUCAUGAUCCCUUAAUUGUUAUUAAGGAUUGCCUGGAUUCUCUCAUUUCUCAUCUUUUGGAGAUACUGCAACUUGAUAGUUUCCAUGUGGUUUGUCAGAAGGAUCAACUGCGAGUACUAUAUGAAGGACUCAGAUUCUUGAAGACAAGUUUACAGCAGCCACAAAACAACUUUACUGAGAAAAUCAGGGAUCAAAUUGGGUCAGUGCUAUAUGAUGCAGGUGUGUCACUUUGCUCAGUUUACCAGACACGUGUAGAAUUGGAUUUUGGGCUUUCAGAUUUGUUAGAAAGCAUUAAAUUUAUCAGGACAGAAGCUGGGAAGGAAGUUUCACCAACAUCAGUUGUCAACUUCCCCAAGACUGAUGGGCUGGGUUUUUUGGACUUCUUAUUAGAAAAUCUGAUGGAGGUAUCGGGUGGUCAGGCAGAACCAGAUGUCAAGUUUUAUGCUCAAACUCUUCAAGAAGAGCUUAUGUUUUUCAGGUCUUCCUUGGGGGAGAUCAAGGAGUUGUGCAACGAACAGAAUGAGUUCCAAGUUUUCUGGAAUCGCACUAUAGAGAUGGCAUACAAAGCAGAGUUUCUCGUUGAGCAUCUGGGAGUUGGAGAUAUAUCACAUACAUUUCCAGUAUUAUUUGAUUCCGUCAACAAAGACAUUCAGAAUUUGAGAAUUGGUGCAUUGAAGGUUUUACAGGGCAAGGGGCAUGCCAUCGAAGUAAAGAGUGGAAGCAAGAAAUCUAGUCAGGUCUCAUCACAAACCACUCCCACAAUAACAAAUGAUGUUGUGGGGUUUCGUGAUGAAGCAGCAUCAAUUGUUGAUCGCCUUACCCGCGGAUCCAAUCAGGUGCGGAUCAUUGUUAUUACAGGUAUGCCUGGACAAGGUAAGACAACUCUAGCGGCAAAAGUUUAUUCUGACCCUUCUGUUGAAUACCAUUUUCAUAUCCGUGCAUGGUGUGUUGUUUCUCAAAUAAUGGAUAAAAAGAAAGUGUUGCUUGAGCUUUUAAAGCAAAUUGAUCCUCAUAGAUAUCCCAAAAUGACUGAACAAGGUUUAACUGAAAAAAUCUGGCGCCAUUUAAAAGGGAAAAGAUACCUUAUCUUUCUAGAUGAUGUAUGGACCAUUGAAGCCUGGAAUAGUUUGCAAGGAUCAUUUCCCAAUGAUUCUAUUGGAAGUAGAAUUAUCAUUACUAGUCGACUGCAUAAUGCUGCGCCUCAUUAUAUGCUUGACCAAGAUCCUCUCUUUCUCCGUCAACUCAGUAAUCUUGAGAGUUGGGAGCUCUUGCAGAGGAAGUUAUUCCUUACAGAAGGCUGUCCUCCUGCAUUAAUUAAACUUGGGAAGAAGAUUGCAGAAAAUUGUAAAGGAUUGCCAUUGACAAUUGUCAUUGUAGCUGGUCUUCUUGCAGCAACCAAGCAAGAAGAGUGGGUGAACAUUCUUGAUGGUUUUAGUUCAAGUUUUGUAUCUAGUACAACGCAGUGCAUCAACACAUUGGACCUGAGCUACAAACAUCUACCUGAUUUUCUAAAACCAUGCCUUCUAUACUUUGCAAUAUUUCCAGAGGAGCAAGAGAUUUCAGUGAGAAGGUUGGUUCGGCUAUGGAUUGCUGAAGGAUUUAUCCGAAGAGCUGAGUUCAAGAGCCUUGAAGAUGCUGCAGAAACUUACAUGACAGAGUUGAUUGGAAGAAGUUUGGUCAUGGUUGUCCAACAGAGAUCCACCGGUGGUAUCAAAAGAUGCCGUGUUCAUGAGUUGUUACAUGGUUUUUGCUUAAAGAGGGCCAAAGAAGAACAUUUUUUCCAUCUUUUAAAAGGGUAUGAUCAGCUUUUGGCUCUUAAUGAACCUAGCAACCUGCGGAGACUGUGCAUUCACUCAGAGCCAAAUGCUCAUGAAGGACCAACUCAUUUUAAGAAGUCCAAAUUAAUCUUUCCAGGUGCGCGUUCUCUUGUUUUCUUCUCUCAGAAACCAUGGGAUCGACAAACCAGGCUUGAUAUUUCAUUUGUCAUAAAUAUUUUCAAAGGUCUCAGAGUGUUGGAUUUAGAGCAGAUUCAUUUAGUUUCUGAAUUUCCUAGUGAAAUCGAACUUCUUGUUCAGUUGAGAUACUUGGCAAUUCGAGGAAAAUCCAUUCCCACAUCCGUGGGUAAACUCUCAAAACUGGAAACACUUAUCUUAGAUCCAGAAAUAAACAUUGUUUCCAUUCCAGAUACUCUGUGGCAUCUGGGGAAGUUGAAGUUUCUUUACAUAAGGAGUGUUUACUAUUGGUCUGGUGGCAGGUUGCCCACUGAGAAUCUUGACAGCUCAUUUGUUUUGUAUGAUUUGGACCGAUUAUCUGGGGUGAUCCUUCCUUCUUAUGGUUGCAUGGAAAACCAAAUGAAAAAGUUUCCUAACAUCCGUAAGUUGAAAUGCAAAAUUUUCGAAUAUUGGGAUAAUGACGAGAAUUUUGACAAGAUUUUAGUUCCGGACUUUCUGACUCGACUGGAAUCACUUGAUAUAGGAUAUGUUGGAUUCCAGCAUGGUAGAAUGUUGGAGUUUGGCUUGCCUACAAAUCUAAAAAAGUUGACAUUGUCAGACUUUUGGUUGCCUUGGGAGGCAAUGUCAAGUAUUGGGAAACUGCCCAACCUUGAGGUUCUCAAGUUACUCAAAGGUUCCUUCACAGGGGAAAAAUGGAACAUGGAAGAAGGGGAAUUCUCAACACUCAGAUUCUUGGCAAUGUCAUCUUUGGACAUAGUUAGUUGGACAGCUUCUGACGAUCAAUUUACCUGCUUCCGGAAAUUGGUAUUGUUCAAAUGCAAAAAGUUGAAAGAGUUGCCUUCUUGUUUGGAGUACAUUUCAACGCUCGACAUGAUUGAGGUCCUGAAAUGUUCUGACACUACAGCAAGUUUAGUCAAGAAGAUUGAGGAGGAGCAAUCGAACAUGGGGAAUUCAGCUCUGAAGAUUAUGAUUAGGUAACAUAAAAUGGUUUGCUGCUGAAAUUGACAGCAUCGAUUGGUUUUUAUUGCCUAAUCUGAUAUCUCCUUUUGUUGAAUGAAUUUAGUGGGAUGAUCUUUGUUUCUGUACAAGCUAAUUCAUCAUCCAUCCAUUGUUAUGAUAUAUGGGUAUUAUCUUCUGUUCAUACAGACAAUACACAUACGAAUAUUGUUUGGCAGAGGACAUUUUUACUAUUAUCUUCUGUUCAUACAGACAAUACACAUACGAAUAUUGUUUGGCAGAGGACAUUUUUACUA